AUGGCUACUAUUGGAGGUGUAGGAAAAUCAACUGUUGCUGUUAAUCUAGCUUAUACUCUUGUUGGUAUGGGUGCUAGAGUUGGUAUUUUCGAUGCUGAUGUCUAUGGUCCCAGUUUGCCAACAAUGGUUUCACCUGAGAGCAGGCUACUAGAAAUGAUGACAAGUAUGGGAGACCUGGGUUUAAAACUGUGCUUAGGUAAACUUUGGAAUAAUGGCAGCCAGUUUAUAAAAAUGAUUCUGAAAUAUGAAGCUUGGGACAGUAAAAGGGAUGUGCUUGUGAAAAGUGGAUCUUUUGCUAUUGAACAAUUAUCAGAAGCUUUAUCUACCAAAGCUAGCUUGGAUAAGCUACCAGAUAAUCUACCACAAGAAGCCUUGGAUCUGUGUGCAGAGCAGAUCAGAAGAAGCCUAAUACCACUUCAGGCUCUGCCACCAGCAUAA